AGAAUAACGUUUCUGAAGGGAAGAUGUGUGUAAACAAUGUUAGGACGACAAAAUUAAUCAUAUAAUAAUGUCGAUGGGUUAAUAUGAUUUUCACUUAACUUUUUAAACUUUAUAUGAAAAAUUCAACUUAAAUUCAAGGCUAAAGUUUACAAGGUUUACGAGUAUUUGGCGCCUAAAAUUGAGCUUGGUUCAACUACACAAAGGCUACUUACCAUGGACGAAAUGGAAGGGUCAAUGCUUGCCAAACAGAAGCAUACUCGACGUCGAUUAAAUCCGACCAUUCGGUGGAACGAGGUUCAGACACAGGAAUUGUUGGAGCAUGUGACACAGGAAGUAGGCAUUCAUCCAGGUCGAUUCGAGAAACCGACGGCACAGAUUUUUUAUGCUAAGAUUUGUGCGAAGGCGUCUCCUGCUAUACGGUGCAUUAGCUGGCAGAUAAUAAAAAACAAAAUGCGUAAUUUGAAAACCACUUUCCUGGCUACUGCCACGUGGAAGGCAUAUGAAGGCGCCAAAUUCAUAGCUGAAGGCAAAGAGUGUUUAUACCAUGAUCACAUUAAACGAGUUUGUCCACAUUUUGACUUAUUGGAACGUUUAUAUGGUCAUCUGGUUGAAUCAAACGCAUCGGCAACAUUGACAGCAACAUCAAGCGAUCUGGACGAGUACAUGGAUGAAAUGAUUACCAAUGACGUGCUUUCCUCUGAUCUGGAUUCAACAUCUAAUGCUAAUCUUCACAACGAAAUGCGAGAUACCUGAGCCUUCAAUCCACUCUGAACUACAUGAAUUGGACCAUACUGGCAGCCAUGCAGCUCCCGUCGAAGAUUACACUGCUAAUCAUGCCCCACAUGAAUAUACUCCAGAACCAUCAACGGCGAGCAAUAGCGAAACGGAUUUCAAAGCAUAUCAUGGUCUUGUGGACAGGCCAAGAAAAAGGCCGGCGACGGACACGUCCUCCGUUGACCAGCUAGUGGCCCUGCAGGAAAAGAAACUGAAAUUUGAAAUUAUAAAACUGCAACAGCAAUUGGACUUGGAGCGACAGAAGCUAGAUCUGGAGCGGGAAAAACUAUGCCUGGCGCGAGAGCAGAAUCACGUUGAUAUGGAGAUGAAAAGGCUACAGUUGCAACAAGAGACGGAGCUGAAAAGACUCACAAUAGAGCGUGACGAAAGGGUUGCAUUAGCUAAAAUAAGACUGGAAGUCGAAAGCCUGGAACGUAUUAAGAAGUAUGAGAUAGGAUUGAAGGCUAACAAAGACUGAAUACAAGAUUAAAUAAAUGUUUGCUGCUACGAGA